AUGGCUCUGUAUUGUGCAAUAUCUAAUGAGGUCCCUGAACAACCUGUGGUGUCUCCAUCCUCGGGAGCCGUGUUUGAGAAGCGUGUCAUAGAGAAGUAUAUAAUAGAAAAUGGAGUGGACCCUAUUAAUGGCAAGGAACUGCGAGUUGAAGAUCUCAUUGAGAUAAAAACUCCACCAAUAGUGAAACCAAAGCCUCCAAGUGCCACGUCUAUCCCUGCUACCUUAAAGAGUAUGCAGGAUGAGUGGGAUGCUCUCAUGCUGCAUGCCUUCACUCAGCGCCAACAGCUACAAACUGCUCGACAGGAAUUAAGUCACGCUCUCUACCAACACGAUGCGGCGUGCCGUGUGAUCGCCCGUCUAACUAAGGAAGUGACGGCCGCGAGAGAAGCCCUUGCAACACUCAAACCACAAGCUGGCAUUGUAGCUCCGCAACCAACUCACCAGGCGGAAGCCGGUGCUGCAGGCGGCGGCGGCGUGGCCCCGGUGGGGAUGUCCAGCGAGGUGGUGUCGCGUCUGCAGGAGCGUGCCACCGCGCUCACACAGGAGCGCAAGCGGCGCGGCCGCACCGUGCCCGAGGGACUGCUCGCGCCUGACCAGAUACGAGCUUUCCUCACCUUGGCAUCACAUCCCGGUCUCCACUCAGCCAGUGUGCCUGGUAUCUUGGCUUUGGACAUCAACCCAUCAGAUCACAGUAAACUGCUGACGGGUGGUAAUGACAGGAAUGCCACUGUGUUCAAUAAAGACACAGAGCAAGUGGUGGCCAUCCUCAAGGGUCACACCAAGAAGGUCACCCGCGUCAUCUAUCAUCCAGAUGAGGAUACUGUUAUCACUGCCUCACCAGAUCACACUAUUCGUGUAUGGAAUGUGCCUACGUCUCAAACUACAGUGAUCCUGCGGUCCCACGAUGGACCUGUGACUGGCUUGUCCCUCCACCCCACUGGCGACUACGUCCUGUCGACGUCUACCGACCAGCACUGGGCCUUCUCCGACAUCCGCACAGGCACGUUGCUCACUAAGGUCAGCGAUUUCUCUGGUGUCAGCCUUACCACGGCCCAGUUUCACCCUGACGGUCUAAUUUUUGGUACUGGUACUGAGAAUUCUCAAGUUAAGAUUUGGGACUUGAAAGAGCAGAGCAAUGUGGCUAACUUCCCUGGACACGUGGGACCAGUGACAUCCAUCUCCUUCUCGGAGAACGGUUAUUAUCUUGCUACAGCAGCUGAAGACGCGUGCGUUAAGUUGUGGGAUUUGAGAAAGCUUAAAAACUUCAAGACUAUUCAACUAGAAGAAGGGUAUGCCAUCAAGGAGUUGUGCUUUGACCAGAGUGGUACUUACCUGGCUAUUGCUGGUACAGACGUGAGGGUAUACCUGUGCAGACAGUGGCAGGAGUUGAAGGUGUUUAAUGACCACACAGCAUCCGCCACGGGCGUCAGGUUCGGUAAGAACGCGCAGUACAUCGCGUCUACUAGCAUGGAUAGGACACUCAAAUUGUAUGGGAUAGAGUAG